GCGAAACAUACGACAUAGGCACAGUGGAUGAGAUAUUCAAUAUCACAAGCAAAAGAUUCGCCAACUCACUUGCAAUCCAUCCAAAUGCCAAUGCUCGUAAACUCAUCGCAAGUCCCAAUUAUUGCAGCAAUCCCAAGAGCAACAACAGCUGCCAACUCUUCUACGUUUGGAGCAUGAAGAAGACGAAGCCAAUACGCUCAGAAGGCAACAGGAACAGCAACAACAGGCUAGACAACAAGCACCAGUCAGGUUCAGCGAGAUGAGAAUAAACUCACUCAGACGGCAAUAUAGGGAAGGACGAAUGUCGCUUGAUGACCUAAAGCUGGCCAUUAUUGACCAGCCAUUGGUAAUCCAGCAACUAGUAUUGCCUCGAGAGCUGGCUAUAGAAAUAUACCGGCAGCAACAGCAACAGCAGCAACAACAACAGCAACAACAUCCUGAAGAACAAGAACAGCAGCUUGAAGGACACCAGCAACAGCAAAAUCAAACGCCUGAUGUUGAAAUAGUGCUAGCUACAGCACAGCAGCAUACUGAACAACAAUCAGCACGGCCACCCUCGCAACCCCAGCAAGCCCGCUUACAGCAGCAACGGCUAACUGAGGAUGAACAGCAGCUUGAGCAGCGACUGGAAAUACUCAGUCGGCAGCUCGAGCGUGAGAUAGAUGAGGCCCCUAGCAAUGAGCCAAUCCUGCAGCAGCGACCACCAGAGCAGCAGCAAUUAAAUCAGCAACAACACACAAUAGCCCAACCUGAAAACAAUACUAAUACAAGCAACUCAGUUUGUGAAACUAAAACAAAUUUUUCUUCUCCACAGAGCAUAACAAUAGCCCCAUACAGCCCCACAAACAUUGCCAUAAACGCUCCCCGGCAACUGAGCCAGCACGUGUCCACACAACAGCUUCACCAGCAGCAUCCAAAUUGUCGCCAGCAGACUCAACAGCAACAGCGGGAGGUAGACGAGACGCAGUCAACAACACGGGCAGCUAAAAGGCAAAGAAGUCGUUCAGUAAUCCAUAUUGAACCUAAACGACGCUCACCUGCAACUCCGGAAAAUCAGCAACAGCGGCAACUUCUUACCUUACUUGGUAAAAGGCACUCGCCGGGUCCAGCCCAACACAACUGCUGGCCUCCAAAGCGCCAGAGACCCGUGCUACAGCGGCAGCAGCAGCGGCAAGUAUGCUUGCGACGAACACGGCAAAGCAACUGGCAGCUGCAAAUGCCCCACAGGCUGGGAAUGUGGCUUUUGCUUUCCUGCUUUGGCCUGCAAACACGUCAGAAGGUGCCCCAGAUGCUUGAGCAGGCACCUCCUACAGCACACAGCGAAUCCUCGACGAAUGGCAGGCAUCUCCAAAUUGCCAGAAGGCGCCCGUGGCACUCCUGGCAGAGACUCCAACGUCGAUGGUCCGAUAGCGGGCGGCAAAUACAUAGAAAAGCCAGGCCGUUCAACAUAUUACUCCAUGCAACCUGGAAUAUAGAAUAAAUUAAGUUAAUUUGCACUUUUUAAAACAAUAAUUUCACAAAUCUUAUAAAUUAGCCCCUCUGGCAAACAUUGUUUACGUUUUUAAAUAACAUUAACAUAAAUUCAACAGCUGAGUAUGUCCAGUCAGCUGUUCUAAAUGCAAUCGAAAUCAACCCUGAUAAUGUUAACAGAGGCACUGUUAAUAACAGAAAUAGCGCUGUAAAAUGUUAAAAAAUUCAAAUUAGCCCGCCAAACAUAAUAUUAAGUCUGUUAAAUGUAAAAAUACUUGUAAAAUAUUUAUUUUUCGUAAUUUCUCACAUAAUUGUCCAAUGUUGUGAUAUGCAUGUAAUUUUUAAGAUUGUUUUGUACAUGCCAGUAAUUUGUCAACUAGUCCGUUUCACAUUCAGACCUUUUUUUGUACCAAUUCUGUCUCUUAUAUUGUAUUGUGAACUAGAUGUAAGCAAUGAGAAGACAAUAAAAUGCGACUGCUAACUUAAUCGUUAGCA